AUGGAGGAAUUGAGCGCAGAUGAGAUUCGAAGAAGGCGAUUGGCACGGCUAGCAGGGGGACAGACCUCGCAGCCCAACACCCCUCUCAGCACCCCCCUGACAUCCCCACAGAGAGAAACUCCACCGGGACCUCUUCCUGGACCCUCAGGUGCAUCUCCUCACCCCCUGCCACCAGCUGCCUCUCAAUCUUCAGGGCUUAUUGCUCACAGCAGUACCCCUGCCACGUCACCCAUUGGCACAACAGGUGUGGUCUAUGGCAGUCAAAGUAGUGAAGGUGUGAGCUCCCUUUCCAGCUCUCCUUCCAACAGUCUUGAGACUCAGUCACAGAGUUUGUCCCGUUCACAGAGCAUGGACAUUGACACCGUAACUUGCGAAAAGAGCCUGUCCCAAGUGGAUGUGGACUCUGGGAUUGAGAACAUGGAGGUGGAAGACAGCGACCGCAGGGAGAAGAGGAACUUGACCGACAAAGAAACCUCUGCAAACUCGGAUGUCUCGGAAGACCAGGCUUUGCAGCUUAUUUGUAAGAUCCUCCGUGUUUCAUGGAAAGAGCAGCAUAGAGAUGUCAUCUUCCUUCCGUCGCUGGCUGCUGAAUUCCAACGUAACCUUAAAGAUGUAUACUCUGAUUCCAAAGACCUGAUCAGCCAGAUCCUGAUGGAGGUCCUCAUGAUGUCUACCCAGUCGCCUGUCCAAAACCCCUUCGCCAGCUUGACUGCCACCUCGCAGCCAUUUGCUGCAGCCAAAUCUCCAGACCGUCACCUGACAUUGGUACAGCCCUCCAGCCAAGGUGGCAGCCCAAUGGGCCCUGGUGCAGGGUCCUUUGGAGCCAGCUCUCUGUCAAGCCUGUAUGGGUGUGGUAGCCCUUACCCAAUGAGUCUGGAUGCAGCCAAGUGGACCUCUCCAAAUAUCGCCACCCCCACUUCUUCCUCUGUUUCUUCUGCACCAUCCCCUCCACAGUUUAUUGUUCCACCCAGCCCACCUCCGACAGCUGUUCCCCAAAGACCGUCCCUCAACCCACCUUCUGCCCCUAUGCCCAUUUCUCAGCGUUAUCGGCCUUACUCUGUUUCAUCUCCCUGGGGAGCUCUGUCCCCAUCCAGCCCAGGACAAAGAGCCUUUAGCUUUUUUUCAUCGUCCCCUAGCCCAGCAGGCCCCGCUGUGCCUCCCAAUACCCCAGUUCCUGUGCCAACACCUAGCACCCUCUCCUUGAGUUCACUCCCUAUGGUUCCUCCUUCUCCCAGAACAAAUGCUCGACAGGCCGUCUUUGCUUCCAGGAUCCCACCUUCUAGUCCCGUGUCCCUCCUGUUUGCCCUUUCUGACGUAUCUCAGGACAGCAGCGAUGAGGAGUCUGACGAGGAAGUGGAGGAUUUUGCGCAGGUUCAGUUUGGGUCCAGUCAUGGUGCAUGUGGGGGGUCGGUGUCUUGUGAUUUGGCGAGUGACCGCUUCACCAUUGAGCCAUGCAAAGAGACUGAGAUGCUGAACUACCUCAUUGAGCGCUUUGAAAGUGUUGGUAUGGAGGAGAGGAAAGCUCCCAAGAUGUGUAACCAACCAAAUGUCAGCCAGCUUCUUAGCAACAUUCGCUCUCAGUGCAUCUCUCACGUUGCCCUGGUGCUGCAAGGCUCUCUGACCCAGCCUCGGAGCCCUCUCCAGCAUUCUCUGCUGGUACCUUACAUGCUGUGUCGGAACCUCCCAUAUGGCUUUAUCCAAGAACUUGUCCGCAUUACCCACCAGGAAGAAGUAGUAUUCAGACAGAUCUUCAUUCCUAUCCUCCAUGGGCUGGCUCUUGCUGUGAAAGAAUGUUCCUUUGAUAGCGACAAUUUUAAAUUCCCCUUGAUGGCAUUGGCUGAGCUUUGUGAAAUCAAAUUUGGAAAGUCUCACCCUGUUUGCAGUUUGGUUACGUCUCUUCAACUGUGGUGUCCCAAACCCUUGAGCUCAGGAUGCGGCAGAGAGAUCCAAAGGCUGUCCUACCUUGGUGCUUUCUUCAGCCUUUCUGUAUUUUCUGAAGAUGAUACCAAAGUAGGAGACAAGUAUUUCUCUGGUCCGGCGAUCACCACGGAGAACACGAGAGUUGUUAGUCAGUCAUUGCAGCACUACCUGGAAUCGGCAAGGGGUGACCUAUUUAAAAUUCUUCACAACAUCCUGCUAAAUGGAGAGACUCGAGAUUCAGCCCUAAAUUACAUGGCAGCUUUAGUUAACUACAAUGUGAAGAAAGCUCAGAUGCAGACUGAUGACAAGCUGGUGUCGACAGAUGGAUUCAUGCUCAACUUCCUGUCAGUGCUGCAGCAACUCAGUAUGAAAAUCAAGUUGGAAACAGUAGAUCCCUUCUACAUUUUUCACCCCCGAUGUCGCCUCGCCGUCAGCCCGGAGGAGACGCGGCUAAAGGCCACAAUGGAGGAGCUCAAGAGCUGGCUGUCUGAGCUACAUGAAGACUCGACCAAAUUCUCUGAGCCCAAGUUCCCUACAGAGUGUUUCUUCUUGACCCUGCAUACGCACCAUCUGUCUAUCCUGCCUGGAUGCAGGCGCUACAUCCGAAGGUUGCGGGCGAUCCGUGAACUCAACAGGACUGUAGAAGAACUGAAAAACAGUGAAGCCCAAUGGAAGGAUUCUCCCCUGGCCAGUCGCCACAGGGAAAUGCUCAAGCGCUGCAAAACCCAGCUGAAGAAACUGGUACGAGCCAAAGCUUGCGCUGACGUGGGUCUUCUAGAUGAGAACCUGCUCCGCAGAUGUCUGCAGUUCUACAGCACAGUAAUUCAGCUCAUACUCCGUAUGGUGGACCCUGCCUACCCAAACAUCACACUGCCAUUGAAUCCUGAGAUUCCUAAAAGCUUUGCUGCACUCCCGGAGUUCUAUAUUGAAGAUGUGGCGGAAUUUUUGCUUUUCAUCGUGCAGUAUUCUCCCCAGGUUUUAUAUGAACCUUGUGUACAAGACAUAGUCACCUUUUUGGUGGUGUUCAUCUGCAGUCAGAACUACAUCAGGAAUCCGUACCUUAUUGCCAAGUUGGUAGAAGUUCUGUUUGUCACAAAUCCUGCCGUGCAGCCUCGCACUCAGCGCUUCUCUGAAAUGAUGGAGAACCACCCGUUGUCCAUUAAACAGCUGGUGCCCGCCCUCAUGAAGUUCUAUACUGAUGUUGAGCAUACGGGCGCCACCAGUGAGUUUUAUGAUAAGUUCACAAUAAGGUACCAUAUCAGCACCAUCUUUAAGAGUCUUUGGCAAAAUAUUGCCCACCAUGGCACUUUCAUGGAGGAGUUUAAUGCCGGAAAACAGUUUGUUCGUUACAUCAACAUGUUGAUCAACGACACCACCUUCCUGUUAGACGAGAGUCUUGAGUCUCUAAAGCGCAUUCAUGAGAUUCAAGAAGAAAUGAAGAAUAAGGAGCAGUGGGAUCAGCUGCCCAGGGAUCAGCAGCAGAGCCGUCAAUCCCAGCUCACUCAGGAUGAGCGAGUGUCACGGUCCUAUCUUGCCCUGGCCACAGAGACGGUUGAAAUGUUUCACAUCCUCACCAAACAGGUCCAAAAACCUUUCCUCAGGCCUGAGCUGGGCCCUCGUUUAGCAGCCAUGUUGAACUUUAACCUCCAGCAGCUCUGUGGGCCCAAGUGCCGAGACCUGAAGGUGGAGAAUCCUGAGAAGUAUGGCUUUGAACCCAAGAAGCUCUUAGACCAGCUCACUGACAUAUACCUGCAGCUGGACUGCGCCCGCUUUGCUAAAGCAAUAGCAGAUGACCAGCGGUCAUACAGCCGAGAGCUCUUUGAGGAGGUUAUCUCAAAAAUGAGGAAGGCUGGUAUCAAGUCCUCAAUCGCCAUUGAAAAAUUCAAGCUGCUAUCUGAGAAGGUUGAGGAAAUAGUGGCAAAGAAUUCCCAGUCAGAAAUGGACUACAGUGACGCACCUGAUGAGUUCAAAGAUCCUUUGAUGGACACGCUAAUGACGGACCCUGUGAUGCUGCCCUCGGGGAACAUCAUGGACCGAUCCAUCAUCCUUCGCCACCUGCUUAACUCGCCCACUGAUCCUUUCAACCGGCAGCCUCUCACUGAGAGCAUGCUGGAAUCAAUUCCUGAACUGAAGGAGAGAAUCCAUGCUUGGAUGAGAGAGAAACAGGGAGGAAAACCUUUCUAA